AAAAAUUUCAAGGCCGAGAGGCAAAGGGGAAAUAGAAGGAAAGAAAGAGAGAGAUAGAGAGAGAGAGGGGAGAAAUGGUUAUGGAAGGAUGAGGCACACACAGAAGUCAAUGGCAAGGAAAGAGAGUGCGAGAGGGAAAUUCACGCAUAAAAGGAGAGUUGGAGACCAGAGAGAAGGGCAGUUAGAUACGAUUUCAUUUUUCUCUGUGUUUACAUUCCAGCAACUUUCAAGAAUUUCUAGGGUUAUUCAUUUUGGUGAGAUAUGGUGUUGAUGAUGGUAAACUUAGGCUAAUUUCAUAGCCUGGGUUGCGGUAAUGCUCUCUUUUGCUUACUUUAUUUGCUAGAUUUCUAUAGCUCUUGAACUUUUCACUUCACUGCAUCGAGAAUCAGAUUUUGAAAAUGGGUUUCUGAAAGAUUCUUUCGCUAUUGCUCUUGUUCUGUUGUAGACACUAGGCACAGCAGAACCUUGAAUCAAUCAAGCUGUCUCUCAAUUGAGUGUUAAAGCAAAAUUUGGUUGAUGUUUAGUGAUGUAUUUUUACAGAGUCUUUAUUAAGAUAUAUACCUCUGUUUCAGACUCUGCUACACAUGAGGAGAACUUGUCACAAGCACAUAAUGUGCAGAUUAGAAAGGAACUGUAGAGUAAUAAAAUUAUGUUAUUCUCUACGGUUACAUGUAACAAACUUCUUCCUUUUUUAUUCUCUCUCUUGUAUAUAUACUGGUACAUAAAUAUAGUAAAAUUAUGGAGGUGAAUUCUAUUCAUUCAUGCUGCAUCUAACAAGUCAUUAGAGCCAACAAACCAAUAGUCCUUCCGAUUCUGCAUCAAUGGCAGUCAAUCUGCCUUCCUCCCAUUCCCCUCACUCUUCCACCACUCCUUCUUCUCACAUUGUCUCCACAAAACUUUCGACUGAUAACUACCUUUUAUGGAAUGUUCAAAUCUCUGCCUAUCUACAUGGAUAGGAUAUUUUCUCUUUCGUUGAUGGUUCUUCCAAACCUCCAUCAGAUUUUCUUUCCGAUUCCUCUUAAUCUAACCCAAAACCCAACCCUGAUUUUCAUUCUUGGAGGCGCACCGACCAACUAGUUCUUAGCAUCCUUUUCUCCUGUCUUUCAGACUCUAUUCUAGGUCACGUCCUCUCUUCCAAAACCACUCAUCAAUUAUGGAUUUCCCUCUCAUCCAUGUACUCGUCUCAAUCUCAUGCCAAAGAUUGUCAAAUUCGUUUUCAACUCAUUAAUAUUUCCUGAGGUGACCAAUCAAUAUCUGACUAUUUUGGCAAAGUCCGUCUCCUUGCAGACUCUCUUGCCGCUACUGGUAGUCCAUUAUCAGAUAAGGAUCUUUUUACCUAUCUAUCAAGGUCCUUAUCUAAUAAAUGGACUUGGUCCAUCUUACGAGCUGUUUGUUACCUCCAUCACCACUAGAACCACCCCUGUUUCCUCCCAUGAACUCUAUCAACUUCUUCUCAUCCAUGAAUCUAGACUUACUCAUACCAACUGACCCAUUACUUCUUCUCUAGAACCAUUGGCAAACUACACCUCUUCUACAAGAGAUCAGCAUGGCCGUGGACCCAAUCAAGGAGGAUGACAAGGGCCUAGUAGGGGAUGUUGCCCUUACAAUGGUCGCGGUGGCAAACCUCCCUAUCCCUCAAAUUCAUCUCAACAAUACAAUGCUCAAUGCCCAACUUGUCGAGUGUGCAACAAGGCUGGACAUGUCGCACUACAUAAUCAAUUUGUUGGAAACCCUCUUGUCCGUGUGGAAAUGACCUCGGGUGCUGCCUGUUAUUACAACCAGUACACGUCUACACUUGGGAGUAACAGUUUGGAAGCCAACAAACUCGUUAGAGGAAUGGAAUCCUAAUACCAUAUAGAAAAGAAAAUAUUUCAAGAGCUCUCAAUGGAAAUUUAACACAUGGUUUCUGUAUCAUUCAUCAAAGACUUUUUAUACGAGGCUAUCAAUCUAUCCAAGGAAAUAUACAGCCAUUAUAAUAGAGAUUCUAUCUAAGGAAAUAUACAGCUAUUACAUCAAUUACAGAGUAUUGAUACAAAGAAACAUAUAUGCGUGAAUCUUGGCUAGAAUAUUUCUGUAGAAGAUAUUUUCAAAAUUCUUGUGAUCUUGAUCAUUAUUCUUGAUUUAUGUCACAUUCCUUAAUAAACGUGACAAGUAACGUGAUAAUUUAUGGCUCUCGAACCGUAAUACCAACCACUAACGGCCGCACGGCAACUAACCACAUAAAUUUUGUCGUCGUUUCCAACUAAUCGAUGACCCCAUGCCUGUGGUGCUCGUUUUCUGCCCCUGCCACAAAGCCACUGAACCGUUAUUCUUGAUUUGUGUCACCCUCCUUGAUAAACGUGACAAGUAACUAAACGUGAUAAUUUAUGGCUCUCGGACCGUAAUACAACCACCAACCACUAACCGCAGCACGGCAACUAAUCACAUAAAUUUUGUCGUCGUUUCCAACCAAUCGAUGACCCCAUGCCUGUGGUGCUCAUUUUCUCCCUCUGCCACAAAGCCACUGAACCAGUAAGGCUCUUUUCUCUUAAUUCUCUCGGUUUCGAGACAUUCUUUCAGCCUUUCAGGGUUCUCGUAGUGAACAAUUAUAACGCCAUACAUGAAGCACAUGCUUCUCAUUGAGUGACCAACUAGAACCCAUAAUUUGCUUAGAUUAAAUUUCCUUUUGGGUUUUCUCUAUACUCACUAAAUCAGUGAACCCAGGUGAGAUAUCACUUGCUUUCAAUCUAGGGUUUUUGUGUUCUGAUAUAUUCAUGGCUUCUGCAAUACUCAGUGGAGCUGAAAGUCUCACAAUCAUCAGAGGAAUAACCCCAAAUAGGUCCAGUUUUAUUGGGCCGGAUUUUCGUGGGAGGCAUUUUACCAGCAUGGGUUUGGUGUCUAGUAGUAGGAUUUUCAAGACUAGAAGAAUAGUCCCCAAGUGUAGUGUUUCGGCUCCAAGGCCAACUUCACAGCCUAGGUUCAUACAGCACAAGAAAGAGGCAUUUUGGUUCUAUAGAUUCCUCUCGAUUGUUUAUGACCAUGUCAUAAACCCUGGGCACUGGACUGAGGACAUGAGGGAAGAUGCGCUUGAGCCUGCUGAUCUCAGUGACCGGAAUAUGAUAGUGGUAGAUGUGGGUGGGGGAACUGGGUUUACCACUUUGGGGAUAGUUAAGCAUGUGGACGCCAAGAAUGUUACGAUUUUAGACCAGUCACCUCAUCAGCUUGCUAAGGCUAAGCAGAAGGAGCCCUUGAAGGAGUGCAAAAUAAUCGAGGGUGAUGCUGAAGAUCUUCCCUUCCCUACUGAUUAUGCUGAUAGAUAUGUAUCUGCUGGAAGCAUCGAGUACUGGCCAGACCCACAGCGAGGGAUCAAGGAAGCAUACAGGGUGUUGAAACUUGGAGGAAAAGCAUGUAUAAUUGGUCCUGUUUAUCCAACAUUUUGGCUGUCUCGCUUCUUCGCAGAUGUGUGGAUGCUCUUUCCAAAGGAGGAAGAGUACAUUGAGUGGUUCAAAAAGGCUGGAUUUAAAGAUAUCAUGUUCAAAAGGAUUGGCCCAAAAUGGUAUCGUGGGGUUCGGCGCCAUGGGUUGAUCAUGGGAUGUUCUGUUACAGGAGUAAAACCCACAUCUGGGCAGUCUCCUUUGCAGCUUGGUCCAAAGGCAGAGGAUGUAGCAAAACCUGUAAAUCCUUUUGCGUUCUUCAUGCGCUUCAUUUUGGGUGUCAUGGCAGCAACAUAGUAUGUUCUGGUUCCUAUUUACAUGUGGCUCAAAGAUCAAAUCGUUCCUAAAGGACAGCCAAUCUGAGAUUUCUGGUUGGCAGUUGCAGCUAAUUGUGACACUCUUCUAUAUGGGGUAUAUCAUGGUUAUUCUGCUUAACCAGGAACUACUUCGUUGGCCCACCUCAGCCACUUCUCAUAGGGUGGCUGGAUCAUCCCAUGGAGGGUGGACAACCACCCUGGUUUGUUAUCUAUUUCUCUGUUUCUUCAUUUAUCAUUAUUUAUUAAGGAAUAUGAUUCAAGUGUGGAUGUUUUCUAGUGUGGAUGAUUAUUUAUCAAAAAUGAUUCAAGGGUAAAUUUUUUCUAUUCUUUAGUGAAGAGGCUAUGCUUUUAGUUUGUAAUGGAAUAGUUUCCUCUGAUGUAUAAAUACAAUUACUAUAUAAUUUUUACACAACUUUUUAAUAGACAACAUUUGCACAA